AUGGUGGCAGAGAACGUCUCGAUAGGGAUUCUGUCUCUUCCCUCUGCUGUUGCAACCUUAGGGCUAGUCCCCUCGAUUAUUCUGAUGAUCGGUGUAUCGUUUAUUGCAUGGUACACGGCGUACCUCAUCUAUCAGUUCAAGAUGCGAUACCUCCACAUUCAUAGCAUGGCAGAUGCCGGCGAGGUCAUCCUAGGCCGAUUCGGACGCGAGCUGCUGGGAGGCGGCCAGCUACUCUUCUUGGUGUUUGUGAUGGCCAGCCAUAUCCUGACUUUCACUGUUGCCAUGAAUACGAUCACCGACCAUGGUACCUGUACCAUUGUCUUCGGUAUCGUUGCGCUGGUUAUUAGCUGCAUUGGAAGUCUACCGCGGACUAUGGGAAACGUGUAUUGGAUUUCCUUCGCAUCUUUCCUCAGCAUCGCCAUCGCGGUCAUUGUGACCAUGAUUGCCGUUGGGGUGCAAAACACAGGCCACAUCCAUCUCGACGCUGUUACACACUACAGCUUCAAGACCGAGUUUCUAGCUGUCAGCAACAUUCUCUUCGCCUACGUGGGCCAUGCGUCCUUCUUCGGGUUCGUUUCCGAGAUGGAGCAACCGCGGGAAUUUCCCAAAUCCAUCGCCGUCCUCCAGAUCAUCGACACCUCGCUCUACAUCGUCAGUGCCGUCGUGAUCUACCGCUAUGUGGGCGUCGACGUCGCCUCCCCAGCCCUGGGCUCGGCAGGACCCGUCAUGAAGAAAGUGGCCUACGGCCUGGCCCUCCCAACCAUCCUAAUCGCCGGCAUCGUCAACGGCCACGUUGCCGCGAAAUACGUGUAUGUCCGUCUCUUCCGGGGCACGAACCAUAUGCACGAGACGACGCUGCUGUCCAAGGGAUCCUGGGUGGCCAUCGCCCUCAUCCUCUGGGUCGUCUCAUGGGUCAUUGCCGAGUCGAUCCCGAUCUUCAACGACCUGUUGAGUUUCAUCACCGCCCUCCUCGGCUGCUGGUUCGCCUUCGGAUUCCCAGCGAUCUUCUACUUCGUCCUGAACAAAGGCCAAUGGUUCUCCUCGCCCUGGAAGACCCUCCUCAGCGUGAUCAACCUCUGCAUCUUGGGGAUCGCUUUCGCGACGUGCGGCCUAGGCCUCUACGUCUCCGGCGACGCGAUCAGCAGAGACAGCAAUAACUCCGUAUGGACUUGUGCCAGUAACGGGGUUUGA